GGAAAGUCUGAAGAUAGCCAACUUGGACACUAAAGCAACACAAUAUCCCUAUCGCAAGGGUCGACAAAUAUAUCUCGACAACAAUGUCAGCUUUAUUCCCUGUAGCAGAAUAUGCCGAGGAUCAACGCUUUGCCGGCACUAUCCUCACCACGCAUGUUUUACAUCGAGGCUUCCAGUCCGGAGCUGUAAUGGGAGCAGCUGUCGGCGCUCUCAGGACAGUUCCCUUCAACUCGAUGUACUCGAGCAUCCUAAGACCUCGGCAGAAGCACAACUCGGCCAUUGAAGGCGCUUUCUCUGCCAGCAAUCGACCGACGACAUUGAAAACAGUCUUCUCACAUCCAGCCGCCACUUUUCAAGCCACGAGACCGUCGCGGCAAUUCUUUUCUACGACUACUUCACAACUUCGUCUGCCCGUCAAUGCUCAGUCGACGACAGCGGCCUCAGCCAAGAUCCUACGGAGCACAGGUGUGGGCUCUGUCGUCGGACUCUCUGCCAUGGCCAUCAUGCUUCCCAUGAUGAUGCACGGCAAGGAGGAGAUUGAAUGGCAAGAUCGAAGUUAUCGGCUGCUGCACAAUAAAGGCCAGGUCGCAGUGGACACUUGGAGUCUAAUAGGCAUGACAACGGCCAUUGGGCUUGGGGCCAUUCGAGAUGCAGGAGUGGUGAAGCAAGGCUGGAGAGUGGUUGCCGGUCGACUCGGCGCGGGCAGCUUGAUCGGCGUUGGCGCUGGUCUAGCUGUGAAACAGCUUACGGAAGCAAACUUAUAGGAUUAUCGACAGCAUGUGUUGAAACAUAGCAAGCGAUGCGUCGGAACAGGCUC